UCCGUCAAUCAAUUAUCACAUUCAAUCAAACAGGAAAUCAUUUAUCAGAAAAAGAAAAAAAAAAAAAAAACAUUUUAUUCCAAGUAAGCGGGGGCAAUUGUGUAAAUAUGUAACAGUUCAAAGUUCAAAGUUCAAACUCUCUGUAGAAAGCGUAGUUGGUAAACCCUAAACCGUAUCUUAAUCCGCAUCUGCCUUUCCUCCCUCCCAUUUCCAAACGCCACUCCACAAAAAUACACUCUUCUGUCUCUCUCCUCUGCCCCCUGACUCAGUCCCCCACACCCCGACGUCUCCAAUAUCUGGCCUUCAUCAGCAGCAUGCCGCAAAAUCUCACCAUCGAGAUUCUCCACCAUCGUUUGGGCCCUUCCGCUUCCGAUUUGUAGAUAUUUUUACCGAGUUUCUUUCGGCGGUGGGUUCAGAGAUGGGUGGCAAUGGCAAGCACCGAUGGAAGAUUUCCAUACACCGGUCCUCGUCGUCGCCGGCGAAGCAUAAAGCCAGGGAACCUCCGAAGGAGUUCGUUUGCCCCAUUUUUGGGUCGGUGAUGGCGGACCCAGUUGUGGUCUCGUCGGGCCAAACAUUCGAGCGCACCUGCGUUCAGGUAUGCCGGGAUUUGGGGUUUUCGCCGGUGCUCGCCGAUGAGUCCAGACCUGAUUUCUCGACGGUGAUUCCGAAUUUGGCCCUCAAGUCGACGGUUAUCCGGUGGUGCGAUUCGUCAGGGGCGGAGCAUCCGAGAAUUCCGGACUAUUGCUCCGUUGAGAAGAUGGUUCGUAAGAUGAUAGCGGCGGAGAAAGCCAUCGCUGAGGAGAAUGAGAAAAUUAGGGGUUCGGAGGUGGAAUUGUUGAACGCAGUGUCGGAUAAGCCUCCAGUGACGUUCUCGCACGCGGCGACGGAGUUGAAUCAUCGGACGAACCACUUCGACUCGAGCUCCGAGGAAUCGGUCAUCGCAGCGAGUCCGGCGACUCCUCUGCCGCUCGCGACGCGGCCGUCUUGCUAUUCUUCGUCGUCGUCGUCGUCGGAGAUCGUCGCGGACGAUACCCUAAACAUCACUAUAAACCCCGACUCGUCCGAAGAGGAAAAGGUCGUGGUGAAGAUGUGGAGCCACGAAGUGUACGAACAAGAAGAAGGCGUGAUUUCACUGAGGGAGACCACGAGAACAAACGAAGAAGCUAGGGUUUCGAUGUGCACUCCCCGGCUGCUCUUAGCCCUCAAAUCGUUGCUCGCCUCGAGGUAUUCCGCUGUGCAGACAAACGCGGUGGCAUCGCUGGUGAAUCUCUCGCUGGCGAAGGCAAACAAGGUGAAGAUCGUACGGUCAGGAAUCGUUCCGCCGUUGAUAGAUCUGCUGAAGGGAGGGUUCAGCGAGUCGCAGGAGCACGCGGCGGGCGCGCUCUUCAGCUUAGCCCUGGAAGACGACAACAAGAUGGCAAUCGGCGUUCUCGGCGCGCUGCAGCCACUCAUCCACGCGCUCCGAUCGGCGAGCGAGCGGGCACGGCACGACUCGGCGCUGGCUCUGUACCACCUCUCGCUGGUUCAGAGCAACCGAGUGAAGCUGGUGAAACUGGGCGCGGUCCCGACGCUGCUGGCGAUGGCGAGAUCGGGGACCAUGGCGGGGCGCGUGAUGCUGACGCUGUGCAACCUUGCGGCGUGCGGGGAGGGGAGGUCGGCGAUGCUGGACGCGAACGCGGUGGGAUGCCUGGUGGGGAUGCUGAGGGGGGGCGGCGGGGGGUCGGAGUCGGAGGCGACGCGGGAGAACAGCGUAGCAGCGUUGUACUCGCUGAGUCACGGGAGCAUGAGGUUCAAGGGGCUGGCGAAGGAGGCGAGGGCGGUGGAGGUGCUGAGGGAGGUGGAGGAGAGAGGGAGCGAGAGAGCGAGGGAAAAGGCGAAGAGGAUGUUGCAGAUGAUGAGGGGGAGAGACGAGGGGGAGGAGGAAAGGGCCAUAGAGGGGGGGUUUUCGACGGCCGGCGCGAGUCGGACUCGGUCUCGACUCGGUAUUGUGGGCGGUGCCAACUCAACUGAGUUCUGAUUUUUAUUUUUAUUUUUUUUUUGGGGGGUGUAAUUACUGAUGAUGGUGGAUUGUGUAAUUUGUGGUGUUUUGGGUUUUUGUUCCCUAUAUAUAUUUAUUUUUAUGUGAAUUAUAUUCGUGGCGGCGUUUUGGGUUUGUGAAUGUGUAAAUAAAAGGAAAAAAACAAAGCGUACUGUUGUUAGUU